AUGGUUCUACAGCAGCCUCGGGACGUUGUGUUUGUUGAUGUGGGAGGAACAGCGAGGCUCCCCUGUGUGUCCAAUCGAACCCUGGAGACAGGGGGCACAGUUUCCUGGUACAGAAGGACAUGGAGAGUGGGAGAGGCGCCUGAGAGAGUGGUGUCUUGCUCUAAUCAGUCUGAGAGACAUAAGUGCAAACUCGCAUCUGAUAGACAUAGAACGGAUCUGGAGAUACACAAUGUGCAGCGGAAGGAUUCAGGGGUGUAUUACUGUGCAGCCGAGUAUGGAAACAUGAUCUUUGCUAAUGGAACAACUCUUAUUGUGGGAGACAGUUCCACAUCCAAUAGUUCAGUUCACCUGCUGGGCCCUUCCCGUGCCACUUUCUCCAAAAAAUCAGUCCAGUUGGCCUGUGUGGCACAAGGGGCUCAGCACAUGGUCCAUAUGGCAUGGAACAUCUCUGGGACUAAGCCCUCAGGCAGAAUAAUUGCUAUGGAAGAUAUUGGUGGAACGUGGACAUUUCUGAACUAUAUCACAGUUCCCAUGUACAAAUGGAAGCAGGAGGAGAAUUUGGUUUGCAGUGUUUGGUUUAAUUCCACUCCAAUCCAUGUUCUUAAAAAAAUAACCGAAGAAGCUGUGGCUGUACAGAUGGCUCUCUAUCCAGUUGAAGAGGUUGUAUUUGCUAAAGUGAAUGGCGCUGCCCGGAUCUCUUGUUCAUUUGACAGUGAAUUUGAUAGCAUCACCAGGAUUAUGUGGUUCAGAAAGACUUUUGCAUUGGGAGAAGCUCCAAAGACAGUUGUAACGUGCGCAGGCAACAAUAAUACACAUAAAUACCUAUGCGGCUCUGAUGCAAACAGAACGACACUAACGAUAUUUAAUGGGCAAAUAAAUGACUCGGGAAUAUAUUACUGUGCUUCAUACGAAUCCAUGGCUGGAAAGGGGACCCGUGUCAUUGUGGGAGAUGCUUCUACAUCAAAUACCACUGUCCAUCUCCUGGCUCCAUACAAAGUCCCUCUGGAUUCCCAACCCAUUCAUCUGACCUGCAUGGUUCGUACAUUGCACCAAAUAGUCCGUUUGAUUUGGAACAUUUCUGGGAACCAUCAUGAGGGCAAAGUGAUUGCUAUGGAACAUCCUGCAGGGACUUGGAACUUUAUUAAUCCCAUCACAGUUGACAGAACACAAUGGGACAAUGGGAAACUGACUUGUGAGGUUCACUUUAAUUCCUCUGUUAUCAGUGCUCACCUUAAUAUUGUCAGCAAAGAAAGCACAACAUUUGGCCACAGAUGUGCCGCAUCUCUAAUUCCAGUGUUGAUUGGCAUUCUCUUGUUACUUACAAUACUUUCCGGCCAUCUCUUGUGGAUUUUUAAACAACCAGGUCAAAAGAAAACUGAGCGAGAGACGUCUGUAAGCGACACUCAGGAUGGAAUUGUUUAUGCUGAGCUGAACAGGGGCUCACUGAAUCCACAUAGAACUGAAUGAAGACAUUUCUGGAAACUUUGGUUUUUGGACUGGAGCAAAUAUUUGUGUUUUCAUAACCGGAUCUCUGUCAGAGAACAUGGCAAAUUAUGGAGGGGAAAUAACAUGUUUUUUCCACAUAUAGCAUAUAUGAGGCCUAUGGGACAUUAAUUAUAUAUCCUUUCCAAUAUUUAUAAGCACUGCCAAUAUACUUCUGAUUUA